GCGUAUAAAGGCGGGCCAGCCGCGGCGGCGGAGGCAUCGCCAGCUCAGUUCGCAGCUGCGCCCCGUCCCGUCGAGGCAUGGCUCGCCCGCAGCUGCCUUCUCUGCUGCCCAAGCCCCGCGGGCUCUCCGGGCUCCUGGCCGCCCUCGCCUGGACCCUCCUGUUGGCCGGACGCUGCAGCACCGCCGCGCCUUUGCAGAGCAGCGAGGGGGCGGCCGCGCCCCCCAUGGCCAAAAUCUACCCCCGGGGCAGCCACUGGGCAGUCGGACAUUUCAUGGGGAAAAAGAGCACCGGUGAUUUUCCUUAUAUACUUGACGAGCAAAACAAGGUGCCCUUCUCUUUGCUGCUGGACGACGUCAGGCGGUUUGAGGAGGACCCGCGUUGGGAGGAGGCCGUGAAGAAGCUGCUUUUCGGCUUCUUGGAGCAAUUUGAAUGACAGCACAGAAGUUUAACUGCCCUCAGGGAAGAAAUUGGGUUCUUUUCUUCCGCCAAGAACACCUGGGAGGCAGAGGAUAACAGCAGUCUUAAGGAUAUGAUGGAUUAUCUGCUGCAAGUGAUGGAGAGGAAAGAAAGUUCUCCAAGCUGAAACAACCAUUCCUGGGCACCGAAGGCGUAGAAGGAUAUCCUUAAGAGACUGUGGUUGCAUAAGCAUUUUCCUGUAUAUGAUGGUUGAUUCAAAUAAAAUCUUUUUGUGUUAAUCAGAUUUCUUUGAUGCAAAAUGACCCAUUCACUUGUAUUCCCAACAGUGACUUCCAUUCUUUAAUGGCUCAACCCCCCCCCCGCCCCCCGGCAACACACCUCUGGGCAUCCUUUUUCCUCCUUUGAACUUCUUUGUGUAAAUAACUGUCGAUGAAGAGUCUUCCAGUCCUGGGAUGGUCCUUCGCCAUUUCUCUUUCUAGUCACUUCAUCGUUUUAUGUUGCAAUAAUUUAACAUUUUCAACCUUCACAAUAAAUGUUUUAAAAAGAGAGAGAAA